AUGCAUUUGUUUUGUGAGGAAGCUAAUGUUGUUUGUUCUACAAAUUCACUGGUGAAGGAGAUAAUAAAUGAUACAAUUCUUCCACCAAUAGCCCAAUGGAAUGAUGAUAAACUGAAAUAUGAUGACCUUCCAAAUGAAACACCCCUAUCAGUUGCCAGCCAAGGGGGAUUGCCGUAUUUUAGGGAGUCAAUGGUGAAAGAGGGAGGCUUCAUGCCUAUCCCUGAUCUAAGGGACCCAAUGUCAUAUAAAUCAUUCUUACCACGACCUUUGGCGUUGAAAAUCCCAUUUUCCUUUUACCGGAUCAAGGAAUUGAAGAAAAUUUUUGAUGUGGUGGAUGAAUCAAACAUGAAUAAGUAUAUCCAAGAGGCCCUUGAGACAUGUGAGAAAAGUCCCAUUCAAGGUGAGCAGUGCUCUUGUGUGACUUCUGCCGAGGAUCUCAUUGAUUUUGUUGUUGAGAAAUUAGGGCACUCUGUACACAUAUGGAGUAUUGAAAGUGUUAUAGGAUCUUAUGAGAAUGUCACAAUUGGAGCUGUAAAACUAAUCCAUGGAAACCUCUCUGAACCACCAGCCUUAUGUCAUAGUUUACCAUUCCUAUUUCAAGUCUAUUAUUGCCAUGUUUUACAGAAAGUGAAAGUUUAUGUAGUUGAUAUACAUGCUCAGAAGAAAGUGAAUCAUAUGAUCAUGGCAUGCCACUAUGACACAUCAACUUGGGAUCCCAACCAUCUUUCUUUUAAGCUGUUAGGUUUUAGCCCAGGCCUAAUUGAAGUUUGUCAUUGGAUAAAUGAGAAUGGAAUGGUCUGGACAAAGAAUAUGGGUUGA